AUGAAGAAGUUUCGGAAGGUGCUGGACGGCCUGACCACCUCCUCUCCGGGAGCGACUAUCGGAUCCCCGUCGUGCGGCAGCGCAGCUGGGACCCCCACCGCAGCGCCCACCCCCAAGGAAAUCGAUGUCCAGGAGACGCUGGUCUCGGAAAACUUUCAGAUAUCUAAGACAGUGCGCCAUGGUUUCCCCUACCAGCCCACCACGCUGGCCUUUGACCCCGUGCAGAAGAUCCUGGCCAUCGGGUCCAGAACGGGAGGAAUACGGAUACUGGGACGGCCCGGCGUAGACUGCUACUGUCAGCAUGAGAGCGGAGCCGCUGUCCUCCAGCUGCAGUUCCUCAUCAAUGAGGGGGCGCUGGUCACAGCCUGCGCAGAUGACACGCUACACCUUUGGAACCUCCGUCAGAGACGGCCAGCUGUCCUGCACUCGCUCAAAUUCAACCGAGAGAGGAUCACAUUUUGCCACCUUCCCUUUCAGAGUAAAUGGCUGUAUGUGGGGACGGAGCGCGGGAACACGCACAUCGUCAACAUCGAGUCCUUCAUUUUAUCCGGCUACGUCAUCAUGUGGAACAAGGCCAUAGAACUAUCAACUAAAACACAUCCAGGGCCGGUGGUUCAUUUGAGCGACAGCCCAAAAGACGAAGGCAAGCUGCUUAUAGGGUUUGAGAGUGGAACCGUUGUACAGUGGGAUCUUCGAGGCAAGAAAGCAGACUUCAGAAUUUACUAUGAUGAGGCCAUCCAUUCAGUCAGUUGGCACCAUGAGGGGAAGCAGUUUAUGUGCAGCCACUCAGAUGGCAGCUUGACCCUUUGGAACCUGAGGAACACCACCAAGCCUUUCCAGAUCACCUUCCCCCACGGCAAGAUACAGAAGGAUGGGAGGAAAGAGUCAUGUAAGCCCAUCCUUAAAGUGGAGUACAAGACCUCAAGGAACAGUGAGCCUUUCAUUAUCUUCUCUGGGGGUCUGUCGUACGACAAGGCAGGACGGCGGCCCACCCUGACCAUCAUGCACGGCAAGGCCAUCACAGUGCUAGAGAUGGACCACCCUAUUGUAGAGUUCAUGGUCCUUUGUGAGACCCCGUACAAUAAUGAGGUGCAGGAGCCCUAUGCUGUAGUGGUGCUUUUGGAGAAGGACUUCAUCGUGGUGGAUCUGACACAGAGCAACUUCCCCAUCUUUGAGAACCCUUACCCCAUGGACAUCCAUGAGUCUCCAGUCACCUGCACGGCAUAUUUUGCUGACUGUCCUCCCAACAUCAUCCCCAUCCUCUACUCCAUAGGAGCCAAACACAAGAAGACAGGCUACAGCCAGAAGGAGUGGCCAAUUAGCGGAGGCACGUGGACGUUAGGCUCCCAGACCUACCCAGAGAUCAUAAUCACAGGACAUGCUGACGGAUCCAUAAAGUUUUGGGACGCGACUGCAAUCACACUGCAGAUGCUGUACAAGCUGAAGACCUCCAAAGUGUUCGAAAAGCCCAAAGCAGGUGAGGGGCGGGCAGCCGAGCUAGUGGAGGAAGACCCCUACGCAAUCCAGAUGGUCAGCUGGUGCCCCCAAAGUCGCAUCUUCUGCGUGGUUGGCAUCUCUGCCCACAUCAUCCUGUAUCGCUUCAGCAAAUACGAAGCCAACACACAGAUUGUGUCGCUUGAAGUGCGUCUGCAGUGUGAAACGGAGGACGUCAUCUCCCCAUCGGAGACGGAGAACAACCCGUGUUUCUCAGAGCCCAGCUCCAACUCGCCCCAGCAUCAGCACCAACACCAGCAAUACUCCACAAGCCCCGGCACUGGAACCCCAGAUGGGAUCAAAGACAGCAUCCCCUGCCUCAGAGUCAAAGACCGUGCUGUGCGGAUUCCCCCGGGCUACCAGGCAGAGCUAGUGGUCCAGUUGCUGUGGGUGGAUGGAGAGCCCCCCCAACAGAUCACCAGCCUGGACAUAAACUCUGCUUAUGGCCUUCUUGCGUUUGGGAACUGUAAUGGCCUUGCGGUGGUGGACUACCUGCAGAAGACCAUCUUGUUGUGUAUGUCAACCCUGGACCUGUACGGAGCUGCUGACCCCUACCAGCGCCUCACCCGCUCCCCCCGCAGAAACAGACAGUCCACCUCAGGUAAAUUUUGCAUGCGCGGCCUGUCUAACUUUUAUUCAGAUUCAAAGAAAAGGAUCCGUACGUCCUACCAGAGCCUUACCGAACUCUCGGACAACCAGCAGUCCACUGACAUGGAGAGAAGCAAGUCGCCCACCUCAGAUCAUGUCAAUGGACAUUGCACUAGCCCCACCUCCCAGCCCUGCUCAGCGGGGAAGCCCCGCAUCCCGAUGGGUCCCGAUGGGCCACGGCUUACCCGCAGAGGGCCCGGCCGACCGCCCUUCCGCAAGGCCCAGUCCGCUGCUUGCAUGGAGAUCUCUUUGCCUGUGUCCCACACGGAAGAGAGCCGGGAGAACUCCUUCAGCCGCUCACGCAGCUCCAGCGUGUCGAGCAUCGACCGCGAGACCAAGGAGGCGGUCACCACGCUGCAGUUUGGAGAGUCCUAUUGCCGCAAGACUGACGCCCUGCCCACGCCCUGCCUGUGGGUGGGCACCAGCCUGGGGGUGGUUCUCCUCAUCCCCAUGUCCAUUCCCACCGAGGAGGAGGAGAGGAUGGAGGAACCUGUGACAAUCGGCCCCAGUGGUGCGGUUCUGAUGCUGAAGGGUUCUGUCUUGCACUUUGCUUUCUUGGACUGCAUGGGCGCUGUCGUCCUCAGCCCCUAUGAGGUUUGGCGGGACCUCAGUGCCCCUGAAGACCCUGACCGACCACGAAAGCGCAAGUUGGUCAACUUUUCGCCCUCGUCCUCGCAGGAGGCCUGUGGGGACGGACACCUGGUUGUGGUGUGCUCGGAGCGGCAGGCCAAAGUGCUCCUCAUGCCAUCCCAGGCUUGCCUCUUUGUCCAUAACAUCACAGAGUCCUCCUUUGUGCUGCGGGCUGACGUGGUGUCUGUGUGUAACAGCGUCUGUCUGGCCUGCUUCUGCGCUAACGGACAUGUCAUGACCCUCAGUUUGCCCAGUCUAAGACCGCUGCUGGAUGUAAACUAUCUACCACUGACAGAUAUGCGCAUUGCUAGAACUUUCUGCUUCGCAAAUGGAGGACAAGCACUAUACCUCAGCUCCCCCACAGAGAUCCAGAGAAUCACAUACAGCCAGGAGAUGUGUGACAACUUACAGGAGAUGCUGGGGGAGCUGUUUACACCUAUAGAAACACCAGAAGCCCAGAACAGAGGCUUCCUUAAGGGCUUCUUUGGAGGAAAUGCCCAGAGCUUUGAUAGAGAGGAGCUGUUCGGUGAGGCAGCAGCGGGCAAGGCAUCCCGCAGCCUGGCCCAGCACAUCCCUGGCCAGGCGGGAGUCGAGGGCAUGAAGGCGGCAGCUAGUGGGGUGGUGGGAGACCUGGCACGAGCUCGCAUUGCCCUGGAUGAGAGAGGGCAGAGGCUGGGGGAGCUGGAGGAACGAACCGCUCUCAUGAUGACCAGCGCAGAAACCUUCUCCAAACAUGCUCACGAGCUGAUGCUGAAAUGUAAGGACAAGAAGUGGUACCAAUUCUAA